CACUGAAAGCUUUUAUACCUCCGGCUGACAACUGCCCUUCAGUGUAGAGCAGCUGCUCAGCUUGGCAGCCUAUCGCAGGUGCACUGGGAGGAAUGACAUCAGAUUAAAAUUAACCACGCCAUCGCCUUUCCCCAGAUAUUUUUUUAAUUUGACUUCAGCCAAUUGGUGGGGAAGUCGGCGAGGCAGUGGCGGUGUUACCCAGUGCGUGGGGGUGGAUUGAAGGGGAGGGGAGAGCGGUGGUUUAUCCUGAGAGGAUCGCAGUGCGAGCGGAAGCGAUAAGGAAAGCCAGCUGUCUCUCUGCGUUCUCGCCCCUGACGGUUUUGUGUUCUGUUGUGCGGGGGGGAAAGAACUUGUUAUGCAGUGGAGGUGGAAGAGGUUUAAAAUGGCAAGGAAGACAUACCCUCCAUUUACAGAUACAUGUGACGACUGCUGAAGAUGUCAGAUAGUGUUGAUACUGAAGAAAAACCACCAGCUCCUCCCUUGAGAAUGAACAGCAACAACCGAGAUUCAUCCUCCCUCAACCACGGCUUGAAGCCGCUCCCUCUGGUUCCCGAAGAAAAGAACAAGAAGGCUCGACUCCGAUCGAUUUUCCCAGGAGCAGGAGACAAGACCAACAAGAAGAAAGAAAAGGAACGCCCAGAGAUCUCUCUUCCUUCAGACUUUGAACACACGAUCCACGUGGGGUUUGAUGCAGUUACUGGGGAAUUCACUGGUAUUCCCGAGCAAUGGGCCAGACUUCUGCAGACGUCCAACAUCACAAAACUGGAGCAGAAGAAAAACCCGCAGGCUGUCCUGGAUGUCCUGAAGUUCUACGAUUCCAAAGAGACGGUGAACAAUCAGAAAUACAUGAGCUUCACCUCUGGAGAUUUACAUUCUGAUCCCAGGCCUCACCAUGUACCACUCUUGUACCAACCAGUCAGAGCAGUCUAUUCUCUGAUGGUACCCCUUCUAAAGCACUACAAGUGCACAGAUAUAACUGAUAAGCCAGCUGAUGGAUACAUAGCAGGAAAUGCUCUGAACACAAAGAUAGCGUCUGAGCCACCAGUCGUACCACCAGUGUCAGAGGACGAUGAUGAGGAUGAGGACAAUAUUCCCCCGCCUGUGAUCGCCCCUCGGCCUGAACACACAAAGUCGAUUUUUACCCGAUCGGUGAUUGAGCCCAGCAUUCCCGUGGCGCCCGUCAAGGACGUGACGACGUCUCCAGUAACAACGCCGCCUGAGAACGUGAGCGGCCUCAACAGCCAGCUCUGCAGAAACACCGACAAGCAGAGGAAGAAGUCCAAGAUGACAGACGAAGAAAUCCUCGAAAAAUUAAGAAGCAUAGUAAGUGUGGGUGACCCCAAAAAGAAGUACACCAGGUUCGAAAAGAUCGGUCAAGGAGCAUCGGGCACUGUAUAUACAGCAAUAGACAUUGCCACUGGCCAGGAGGUGGCGAUUAAACAGAUGAAUCUGCAGCAACAGCCGAAGAAAGAGUUGAUUAUAAAUGAAAUCCUGGUCAUGAGGGAAAAUAAGAAUGCAAACAUUGUGAACUAUUUAGACAGUUAUCUUGUUGGGGAUGAGCUCUGGGUGGUGAUGGAAUAUCUGGCCGGGGGUUCGUUGACAGACGUGGUGACGGAGACGUGCAUGGAUGAAGGGCAAAUCGCAGCCGUAUGUCGGGAGUGUUUGCAGGCCUUAGAGUUCCUGCACGCAAAUCAGGUUAUCCACAGAGACAUCAAGAGUGACAACAUCCUGCUGGGAAUGGACGGGUCCGUUAAAUUAACUGAUUUUGGGUUCUGUGCUCAGAUCACGCCUGAGCAGAAUAAACGGAGCACAAUGGUGGGAACUCCGUACUGGAUGGCACCUGAAGUAGUAACACGGAAAGCCUAUGGCCCCAAGGUAGACAUUUGGUCGUUGGGCAUCAUGGCGAUUGAAAUGAUUGAGGGAGAACCGCCUUAUCUGAAUGAAAACCCUCUCAGGGCUCUGUAUUUGAUUGCCACCAAUGGGACUCCAGAACUACAGAAUCCAGAGAAACUGUCGGGAAUCUUCCGGGAUUUCCUCAAUCGCUGUUUGGAGAUGGAUGUGGAGCGUCGAGGCUCGGCCAAGGAGCUCCUGCAGCACCCGUUCCUGAAAUUUGCGAAGCCGCUCUCCAGCCUCACCCCCCUGAUCAUCGCGGCGAAGGAAGCCGUGAAGAACAACCGCUAGGACAAGGGAGGCUCGUCUUCCUCGCCCCUCUUCCCCUCCCCCCAACCCC